AGUAGGAUGCUUAACCGACUGCGCGCCCCCAGACACCCCAAGUGGUUCUUUUUCUAGUGGUGUUUUGGCUGUGUUUGUUCCAUUUGCCUUAAAUUUGAACAUGGGUGAUUAUCUCAGCCUUGGUUCUCCAAGUAGCAGGGCCUGGGGCUUUGGUGCAGGUACUUUGUGAGGGAGUAGGAAGUCGUCCCGUGGGGGAGGAGGGCGAGCCAGUAUGAGGAAGAUCAGAUUGCAUACUGCUUAGGGCCCAUGGCUGCUCCAUCCCUUAAAGCUGACUGAGAAGCUCUUUGAAAUGCCUCUGAGGACUAUAGGGGAGAAUAGCCUUUUCUGGAAAAGAAACCUUUACCCACCAGCUCUCCUCCUCCAUUUGUCAAACACGUGGAAUGUUGAUACCUGUGUGCAGCCCCCAGGUGAGGCAUCCACUGCACAGCCCUGGGUAUGACCCAGGUUGAGCUGUGGUAGUGGGCGGAGUCAGGGAUAAGUGAAUCAGGAUCUGAAAUGAUUCGAGAGAAGUGUCUGAUAAUGGGUAGUGUUGACCAAGCUAAAGUCAGGAACAGAGCAUGCUGGGAAAAGGUCCACUGUGUGUUCCACACAGCCUGAGUCAGCCUCUUCCCGUCCUUUCUGAAGGGCCCUUCCAGUCUCCACUGGGCCCUGGGCCCAGCUCCAUCCAUUUUUGGCCACUCUAGUCCUGCUAUGGGGCAGCUGAGCUGCUGCAGACACUGGUUUCCCUGGAGUCUGAAUUCCGCCAGGCGUGCGCGCUCAGCAGGCACGGGAGCGUCCGGUCCUGCCCUGACACCAUAGAGCAGGAGGCUGCAGCAGGGGCAGGGGUGAUGUGUACUGGGGUCCCCGUGGUCAGUGGUAGAGCUGGCCUUAGCAUGGAGCACACUUCCCAGUGAUCUGCCCUGUACUCGAGACUACGGGGCCCCGGAAAGCUGAGCGUAGCCUUCACUGGUCUGGCUUACAUACCUGAGAAGCUGCAGAGCCCUCCAUUUUGUCCCAUUUUCUGCAGUAGGACAGCUUCGGGCUGGGAAUGGGGAGAGCAUUCAGACCAGUCCCCCAGAACGCGCUCCCCCGUCUCUCGUUGCUAGGCUUCUGUUGCCUCUGGGGUUUAUCAGAGCCGGCCCCCAGCCCAAGCAGCCCUUUAAUUGUGGAGACUUCUGGGGAGGAGAGAGUUGGCAGCACUGCUGGCCCCAUUCCAGUAGCUCUACCUGUCGCCCAGGCCUCUGAUCCUCAAGGGCAUGCUUCCUGCUCCCUAUUCCACCUUUCUGCCCCCCAAUCUUCUCAUCUUCCAUUAGCACUUUAUUUUCUUGCAACUAAGACCCCAUACACAAAAGCCACGAGAGGAACAUAAUAGGGGAAGUUGGGAACUAGGAAGACGGUGUGGAAGUUGGGGCUUUUCAACUAGCGGGCAGGGGGUGGUCCCAAAUUGAUCGGUGGCCAGAGGCAGCCUGCUCCCCACCCCCUCAUUCCACUGAAUCCAGUGGGGAGUGACGGCAUGAGAACUGGCACGUACCCAAGGGCAUGAUGUCACACCUGCGCCAGUGUCUGCCUGCUGGGCUCCUCGCCCGGCCUGGCAUCCGGCAUCAGUGCCCGCAGCCCCUCGCCCUGCCCCAUCAGGGCUCGGGCAGUACGUCUUUGCAGGUCUCCGGCUCCAAGCCCCUAGAAACAAGUCCAAGGCAAGGGGAGCCAGAGCACUGAAAGAUCUAGACCAACCAAAUAUGUCAGGAGGACUCCCAGAACCCAGCUGGGGCCUGUUUGGGCUCUGGCGCUGGGGAAAGUGGAAGGAGAAACCUGAAUGUCAGCUCUUCUUGCCCAAACUUGCUUGGGCGGAAAUGCGGGCCUGCACUGGGCACUGACCAAAGCCUUCAACUGCUCCGGUGUUGCUGCAGGCCCAGCGCCCUGAUGGCCUGUGGGCAGAGGAGGAAUGGCUGGGCACGGUUUUGUCUGAAAUGGACAGGGCUGGCAGGGGCUCCUCCCUCUCACUGCUGCCUUUCCACCUGACGGGCAUGGUCUGGAUCCUGGAAUCCAUCUUUUUCCAAGGCUGCUGGCUCCCUGGACUGUGGUUUUCAUUCCUGCUCUGCCUUUAGCUUGUUGGGUGACUGUUGGCAAGUUGGGUGACUGUUGCCAUCCCUACAAGGUGACAAGGAACAGAGAGGGUCACCUCCUGGGCAGUGAAAGACAGGAAGUGCAUUAGUCUAAGAAGUGUCUUUGAUGUGUGGCCUUUGGGGCCUUGCUUGGGCAAGGAGUCCCCUGGGAGUGGAAGGCACAGAGACUUCCUGGCGCCACUGACCCAUGAGCCCACGUCUCUGCCCCUGCCGUGAUUCCCUAGCCUCCUGUUCCUUGAGAGAAGGCCUGGGUUCAGCCCCAACUCUACUCCUUACUAAAUAACCUCAUCUCUUAAAGACGUUAAAUGGAGGUGUGACCCCACCUCCCAGGCCUUUCGUGGGGAUUAAAUGCGUGAGAUCCAUCUGUAAACUGUAAACUUUUUGCCAGUAGGACAUCAAGCUGUUAGGUCCCUUCAUUUAAGAAGUGACUGCCUUCUGUUCUGCCCUCCUCAGGCUUUCUCCAGGUACCCUUGCCUUGAUGCAUGGCCACAGCAGCAAGCCCUCCCUGGGGGAGGUGAGGCAGGGGAAAGGGAGAUGAGUGCUAACCGUGUGGAGCUGGAAACAGGCCUCCGCUUUCACAGGUCCUCACACAUAGGCAUGGGGGCUCCUCAUGCCCUUCCCGGAGCGGGCCUGUUUGGGACUAUACAUUGGCGUUUUCCCUUGGUUGGUUUUCUGAGCACCUGCCAGGCCCUUGGUUAGGUGUGGUGGAGGAUAAGAGAGCAAAGAUGUCUAGGAUUCUCUCUUCGCCCUCUGGGAGGUCAUGGCUAGCAUGUUCUGGGAAGAGCCUCCAGCACUUUGAGAGUUUCAGGGAGAGGAGAGGCAGGACCACCAUGAUGGGUGCGCUGGGGCCCCAGAGCUGCUCCAGGGCUGGGAGUGCCAGCAGCUGAGGCCAGCCGUGGGGGUCGUGGGGGUCCUGGCGCCAGCCCUCAGCCUUCCCCAGCUGCCUGGGCAGCGGCUGCAGCUCUGGGGCAGGGCUUUGCAGCGGCUGCGGGGGAAAAGUGGUGAGUGCACAGCCAGCGUGGACGUCAGAGCCUGCUCUGUACCAAGGACUAGGGUUAAAGGAUGUGUUUGCCCAGCUCUGAUUGAGGGCACAGGGACCGUGGUGGCUGAGGGGCUGGAGGGGGGCUCUCAUUACUCAGUGAUACGGGACAGGCGAGCCGGAGAUUAUCUGCUCACUCCCAAGUGACCCUGUGUGUGUGUGUUUGCUGGAAACCAUCAUGCCACCAUAACUGACGGGGGGCUCUGUAAAUAGUGAUGGUUUCUAUCUUGGUUUCUGGGUGUGGGCGUCUGACUAAGGUUGCUUGGGAAAGGGGUGUCUGUAUGAAUGAGGGAAGGGGAAGCAGGUACAAAGGCCUGGGGUUUGGGGGGAAUGGCUAUAAUAUCUAUUGUCCCCCCAGUCUGAGGUUGUGAAUGGGGGGAUGUCUAGGUUUACCUGAUUGUGCUAGGAGGUGACCAGGACUCCUACUUGUGGGGACUCUUACCAGUUCAGCCAGUCGUCUUCCUGCCUGAGACCACGUAAGCACUCAUGCUUUAGAAAAUGAAUUAUUCUUGCUGUCCUUCACAAAGAGAGGCCCCAAGACCAAGGUGAAGGACACUUUCCAGGGUCUCGCCUGGGAUUAGGGGAGAAACCCCAGAGUUCCUUACCAUUCUACACAGGAUCUGUUCACAAUAUGAUUCCUGGAAAAAUCACCGUGUAGGAAGUCAAGCCACCUGGUUCUUGCCUUGGUUCUGCCACUUACUGGGGUCCCUGAUGGGCCUGGGUGACAUUAUCUCACAGCAACUGGUGGAGAAGCGAGGUCUACGGGGACACCAGUCUUGCCGGACCCUGAUCAUGGUCUCCCUGGGCUGUGGCUUCGUGGGCCCUGCCGUAGGAGGCUGGUACAGGGUCUUGGACCGCCUCAUCCCUGGCACCAGCAAGGUAGACGCGCUGAAGAAGAUGCUGUUGGAUCAGGGGUGCUUUGCCCCAUGUUUUCUAGGCUCUUUCCUCUCACUGGUAGGAGCACUCAAUGGACUGUCAGCCCAGGACAACUGGGCCAAGCUGUGGCGGGACUAUCCUGACGCCCUCAUCACCAACUACUACCUCUGGCCUGCUGUGCAGUUAGCCAACUUCUACCUGGUCCCCCUUCAUUACAGGUUGGCCGUUGUCCAGUGUGUCGCGGUUGUCUGGAACUCCUACCUGUCGUGGAAGGCCCACCGGCUCUAGGCCAGCCUCACCCCGAUGUCUGUGCAGACAGUGCUGUGGCUUGACCCCAGAGCGCUCAGAGAGCCUCCUCGAAGAGGGCACAUUGCUUUUCCUGGGGUUCCGCGGUCACUCAGAACUAAAUGGACUUAGCACCUGACUUCUUUUGAAAGCAUUACAACCUUUAUAAUGGUCUUAUCCCCACCAUGUGGUAGGCACCCCAUAAAUGCGUAUGGUCUUGUCUGCUGUGACUCACCCCUGUAUCCCACAGUGCCAUCGCCCCCACUCAUCACAGACACAUCUGCUCUCUAACCUUCCCAGCCUAGGUGGAGCUCCGGCUCUUUGGGGGCCCCGAACCUGUAUAUGGCGCCUCCACAGAUGUUUGGUAAUUAUGUAGUCUGAAACCUGUAGACGUGAUGUGAGGGCCCCAGCAGAAACUAUGGGGCAGUCAGAAUUUCUAGAGCUGGGAAGAAGUCUAGAGACAGCCAAUCCCGAUCAUCUCCUAUGGAGGAGCACACUCAGGUGUGCUCACAAAAGUGAGGUGACGUGUCCACACCACCAGCCAGUGGCAGAGUGGAAACUUGAAUCCACAUGCUAUAGAUGAAUGUUUGUGUGCCCUCCAGGAUUCAUCUGUUGAAAACCUAAUGCACAUGGUGAUGUUAUUAGGCAGUGGGACCUUCGGAGGUGAUGAGGUCAUGAGGGAUUCGUGCCUUUUUAAAGCUGCCCAGACAGAUCUCUCACCCCUCCCACUGUAUGGGGACAUAGCGAGAAGGUGCUCACUAUGAAAGUUAGCCAGCUGCUUCUCUCCUGAUAGCACAUCGGUCAGCGCCAUGGGCUUGGACCUCCCAGCUUCUAGAACUGUGUGAGAAAUAAAUGUUUGCUGUUUAUAAGA